AAAUCACUACCAAUUAUCUGAAAAUUUAUGAAUAAUAAUGUCUAAUUACAGGUCUUGAACCACUCCUUUGAGGAGAAAAAGAAAGGGGAUCUUCAACAGAAUCAGAUUUUGGAAGAAAUGAAAGAGGCCUUGGAGGAGAACAAGAGAGAGUGUCUUCAACAAAAGCAGGACAUCCUAGACAAUGUGACAGCAAUUGUGGAGGCUCUUAAGGCUGACUAUGAGUACAAAUUGAGCACUGUGAAGAGACAGCCCCAGCCCCAGUCCUGCACUGAUGGCAAGAUACUGGGCCUACAGCCACUGAUCGGUCUCUCUAACGGCCAACUCGCCGUGUGCGACUCCGUGAUAGACAGCUAUGGCUGGAUCGUGAUACAGAGGCGUACCUCGGCCGACGUGGACUUUUUCCGGGGCUGGGAGGACUACAAGAACGGUUUCGGAGACCUGUCUGGAAACUUCUGGUUUGGGCUGGAAAAAGUCCAUCAGCUGACAAGCCGGGGGAGAUACGAGCUAAGGAUCGACAUGACGUACAAAGGGAAAUACUACUAUGCCAGGUAUGAGAGUUUCUUGCUUUACGGAGAAGCAAAACAAUACAAAAUUGAAAUAUCCGGCUUUUCUGGUAAUGUAGUGGACAAGAUGGCGUACCACAACGGCCAGGCGUUCUCCACCAAGGACCGGGACAACGACCCAUCAGACGGCAGCUGCGCCGAGAAGUGGCACGGAGCCUGGUGGUACAAAACCUGCCAUCACGUCAACCUCAACGGAGUCUGGGGCAGCACAGAAUUCGCCAAAGGUGUCAACUGGAAGAGUGUGACGGGAUGGGAAGAUUCGGUCUCAUUCAGCGAGAUGAAAAUCCGACCACUUUCUCAUUGACGUCUCUUGUGCAGUUGCAGGCGCCGUUAAAACUUUACUAAAACUAAAACUAAACCAAUAGACAUUUUCAUGACAGCGAAUACUCCGUCACUUUAUAGUGAAAUUAGAAAUUUACAAUCUUUUGUUUUUGGUAGAAGAAAAAGAAACACUCUGAUUGAACAGCUUAAACAUACCAAGGAUGAGAAACUGUAUUUUUUUUCAUCGUCUCAGGUCAAGGAACGAACUUUUGAAACUGAUGACUCUUAUGAAAAUAGAUCUAUGAUGACUAUUAUUUAUAUUUCUCCGAUUUCCCAAAGUAUGGAUCAAUACGCUUUACGUGAUGUGCUUGAAAACAUUUUUUUUUUUCAUCAAGCAGACCUGCAGUCACAUUAUGUGUACUUAAAUAUUAUGCAUUGAACAUAUUAUGUACAUAAAUGACAUACAUAAAAGACACAAUACAAAAAGACAUAUCUACAUAAAAGAAAGUACAAUUGAUUUGGGGAAAAGGGGGGGGGGGAGUGCAGUUGCGUGAUUGAUAAAAUACGACGUAUACGUUUCUGAUGUAAUCUUCGACACAGUUUUCACGAAAUAGUACACAUCUACUUGGUGUUUGAGAAAUGGGAUAAUUCCAUCUGUAAUAAUAGUAUGUGAGGCAGCGUGGUGGAAUCAGGCUCUCGUCAAU